AUGACGGUUCGGAAGGGAGGGACUGAAACGUACUGCAAUGUAUGUUUUGUCCAGGCGAAGGAGAAACAACCUAAUGUUGUUGUGUGUUUUGUCCAGGCUAAGGAGAUUCUGACCAAGGAGUCCAAUGUGCAGGAGGUCCGAUGUCCAGUCACAGUGUGUGGAGAUGUCCACGGCCAGUUCCACGACCUAAUGGAGCUCUUCAGAAUCGGAGGGAAGUCUCCAGACACAAACUACCUGUUCAUGGGAGACUACGUGGACCGAGGCUACUACUCUGUAGAAACCGUCACACUACUUGUAGCACUUAAGGCAAGUGUUGUUAUUGUGCACUGGGGACCAGUUUCCCGGACACAGAUGAAGCCUAGUCCUGGAAUUAAAAGCAAACUCAAUGAAGAAUCUCCAUUGAAAAUGUUUUUCAGUUCAGGACUAGGCUUAAUCUGUGUCAGGGAAACCGCCCCUGAAAGUUUUUUGAAUGACCAUUCACUUUUUAACUUGACCAAUGAGAGUGCUCAAUGAUUAGUUAUACACACAGGGGCCUUGUGAUGUAAAAGCAGUGUAAUGCUAAAACACACUCUCAUUCACAGAAUGCCCUAGUCUCCAUUGAACAGUGCUGUUUUGUAAUUCCCUGUAUUUUUAACAUUGAUCACAGGUUAGGUACCGUGAACGCAUCACAAUCCUUCGGGGGAACCACGAAAGCAGACAGAUCACACAAGUGUACGGCUUCUAUGACGAGUGCCUAAGGAAAUACGGCAAUGCAAACGUAUGGAAAUUCUUCACAGACCUCUUCGAUUACCUUCCCCUCACUGCCUUGGUAGAUACUCAGGUAAGAGGUUUCGCACAUUUAUUAGAUAUUAAGUUGAAUCUUCUAUGGUGCAAUUCCACAGUAAUGGAAAUUACAGACUAAAAUGUUUCACUUUAAAAAUGUAUGCCAGACAAAAAACAUUGCUUUCAAAGUUUAACAAACCAUACAACUUUACAAGGAUUACUUUGAACAAUUUACACAAAAGUUCACGAACACAUUUACUGGAAGAACUGUGCAGAUGCAAAGUUUAGUAACAGAAUUACGGUGUAAUCGCCGUUUUUUUUAUGCGACCACGUUUUCCAAGAACUUUGUUAAAUAUCUACUCCGAAUUAAGAUUCAAAGAUGUCUGCAGAAAGAAUGGGAUGUCAGCUAUGACAUGACACCUUGAGUAAAAAUAUAUAUAUAUAUUUUGGUGAUUGAACUACAGUAAGUGAAGUGGAUUUACACCUGGUAACGGAAUUACAUCAUGGGUCCCUGUUCUGUACUACACAGAAAUGCAUAGCAUAAUUAUGGAUAGGAAUGUCAUUCGCUUCAUGAUGAUGUAUCCUGAAUAGGUACACAAAGGUAGAAAUAUGCAAUAUCAUCUUUUGCAUAUAUGGACAGGGCUCUAAAGUGUGACAAAACAUUUUGCUGUGCGACCAGGAGUUUUAUUUUGGGAGCACUGUGCGACUAUGAAAAAAGCUCUCCCAGAUAAUUGUUGUAAUGAUAAGGCUUCGCUGUACCGUUGUUUCCGAGUGCUGCAGAUUUGUUAGCGUCAUGGUUGCACCAUUACUACAGCAAACACAGCUUGAUUCUAGCCCAUCCAGGUCAAAAGAUCUGACCUAUAUUACCAGCACAACAUUUUAUCUUCCUAAAACGGUUCGCAGGGAUCGCAUUUUACAUUCAUAAACCAUGUCGUGCGCUGUUCUAAAACUACUUGCGUGUCGAUGUCGAUAACCAUUUGUUUACACUUUGUUCAGUCAUGUUACCUCAUUGGCUAGCUAGCUAACAACCCGGUAACUUUACCAGUAUAUCCAAACAUUUGGAGGCACAGAAAGAAUGGAAAAGGGAUAGCUAUGAUCAUAUCUCUGGCAAUGACAGAUCUCUUGCAUGCGUCAUCACAAACUUGACGUUUUUAAAUACGAAGUACGAUUUUCAAUGUAAUGCAUCUCAAUAGGAAAAUAGUGCUUUUACACAAUGUAAAAUCUAAUAUUCCAUAAAUGACUUUGUAAUUUCAAUGACAGGUAUUCGUAACAUUUUAUAAUAAACUAAUGUAUUUACAGUGUUAAAUAUUAGUUUCUAGGGCGCAACAUGUGCUUCAAAAGUAGCUAGAAUUCAUAUAGGCCCAAUAUAGGCUGUCUCAAUCUCAAAAAUAUAUUAUUUUUUGGUGCUCCUAAAUUUCAUGUGGUACUUUUAAAAGUGCUACUAGUGAAAAAUAAAAAUGUUGAGCCCUGUAUAUGGGUAUUAUUCUACACACUGGCUAUUAUUCUAAUGAGCUCCGCCCCCAAACAAGACCAAAUUUGGUUGGUCCGGACCAAAUCUGAACCAAUCAUAGACGUCUGUAUUUCACAAGUUUGGGCAGGCCAGUAGAGUAAAGCACAGCACAUCACAGUAGAGUUCAUUACAGUAGAGUACUAGUAUGGUACAGUAUGAAAAUGUAUGCACUCACUAACUGUAAGUCGCUCUGGAUAAGAGCGUCUGCUAAAUGACUAAAAUGUAAAUGUAAUACAGUACAUUAUACUGUUCUCUACUCUAGUGUGCUCUACUGUACUAUACUCUACUCUUCUUUUCUUUACUGUGGUUCACUGUACUCUACUGUGCUGUCCAAACUUCUGAAACAUAGACGUCUAUGAUUGGUUCAGAUUUGGUCCGGUCAUCAAUCAUGGACACCUUUUGUUUGGGCCAAAUCAAGGCCGGACCGGCCCAAAAAACAACGUCUGUGGACGUUGAAAUCACGUCCAUGGACGUAGGUUAGGGAUGGGCAUUUGACAUUUUUGGACUGUUUGAGUACUCAAAUAAAAAAUACAAAUAGAUAUAUACAGUACCAGUCAAAAGCUUGGACAUACCUACUCAUUCCAGGGUUUUUGUUUAUUUUUACUAUUUUCUACAUUGUAGAAUAAUAGUGAAGACAUCAAAACGAUGAAAUCACACAUGAAAUCAUGUAGUAACCAAAAGUGUUAAACAAAUCAAAAUAUAUUUUAGGUUCUUCCAAGUAGCCACCCUAAUGCCUUGAUGACAGCUUUGCACACUCUUGGCAUUCUCUCAACCAGCUUCAUGAGGAAUGCUUUUCCAACAGUCUUGAAGGAGUUCCCACAUAUGCUGAGCACUUGUUGGCUGCUUUUCCUUCACUUUUCGGUCCAACUCAUCACAAACCAUCUCAAUUGGGUUGAGGUCGGGUGAUUGUGGAGGCCAGGUCAUCUGAUGCAGCACUCCAUCACUCUCCUUGGUCAAAUAGCCCUUACACAGCCUGGAGGUGUGUUUUGGGUCAUUGUCUUGUUGGGAAAAAAUGAUAGUCCCACUAAGCGCAAACCAGAUGGGAUGGCAUAUCGCUGCAGAAUGCUGUGAAACGAUGCUGGUUAAGUGUGCCUUGAAUUCUAAAUAAAUCACCAACAGUGUCACCAGCAAAGGGAGGACACUAGCAGGUGACCCAACCUUUGGUUUGUGACUACUAUGAUUUCCCAUUGUAUUCAAUUAUUGUAAUUCCGUUUCCGAUUUGGUAACAGAAUUACGAGUUUUAAUCACUUAAUAAUUCAUAAACAAAAUGUAUAUCAGUAAAAACACUAAUUGGUAGGUCUACCUUGUUACUUCUGUGAACUUUCAUUAUCCUCAUGAGGGAGAUAAAUAAAUAAAAUAUCUUAAAGAUGUGGGUUUUUGGUAACAGAAUUACAAGCCUCAAGGCAAUGUUGUUUAAAGAAGGCAAAUCAUCUCUCCAAAGCCAAAUAUGUGUUGAUGUUAGUUGGUAGGGGUCUUCAACAUUAUUGUGUUUUGAUGUAUUUCUAAUACCUUUUUUAAGACUUUUUCUGGUAGAUGUUUUCUAAGACCCAUUUUAUAUCUGUUGGAGCAGAAAUCAAAGCCAUUACUUAUGCCUAAUUCUUUAGAUGGAAAAUUGUAAAAAAAAACUUUCUGCUUGCAUUUCCCAAAAAUUUAGAUGCUUAGCUUUCAUUUGACACCCAGUUUGAUAUACUAUGAACUUCAUGUUGGUGCUCAUGGGUCCUUUUACAUGGAAAUUAUCAAUGCUUUACCUGCUGCUGUAAAUACAUGUUCACUCAUGUCUUAUGUCUCUGUCAAAAUGUUACUCGGAGUCAAAACCAAUAUUGAAAUCCUCAAGUAACAUUUCUGUUUUCUUUCCCUUCUAAGAUAUUCUGUCUUCACGGGGGCCUGUCACCGUCCAUAGACACGUUGGAUCACAUCCGAGCGCUGGACCGUUUGCAGGAAGUUCCACACGAGGUACAAAGCUCAACAACCCUGCUUCUGAGCAUGCUCUGCUGUCUCAUCGGUGCUAGGCAGAAAUAGCUUUUAGGCACAGGUCUAGGAUCAGUUUAUCUGCCCCUAAUCCUAACCUCAACCAUUAGGUGGAAAAACACAAAAGCUUAUUGAGGCAACUUUCCAUCCUACUCCAUCUUAUUGGAUCCUUAUCUUUAUCACUAUGCUGCUUACACAUGUCUCCUCCUCUCCAGGGCCCCAUGUGUGACCUGCUGUGGUCAGACCCAGAUGACCGUGGGGGCUGGGGCAUCUCCCCCAGGGGGGCUGGCUACACCUUUGGCCAGGACAUAUCUGAGACAUUCAAUCAUGCCAACCGCCUUACUCUGGUGUCCAGAGCUCAUCAGCUGGUUAUGGAGGUAAACUGUCUGUCGCUGAUUCUCCAUGCUUGAAAUCUCAAAGGUGACCAUAAUGUGAACUGUAUGAGUGUGAAACCAUAUUGGAAUGCAUUUCUUGUUAGCUCCCUCAUUCAAGUUGGUUAAUAUGUAUAAUGUUAUGUCUGUAUGCAUGUCUCAGAUUUCUGCAUUCACUACUAAUUCGCUGCUCUCCUGUUUUCUUCUACAGGGUUACAACUGGUGCCACGAGCGAAACGUGGUAACAAUAUUCAGUGCACCAAAUUACUGUUACCGUUGUGGUAACCAGGCAGCUAUCAUGGAACUCGACGACACCCUGAAAUACUCCUUGUAAGCAUAUUGAUUGAAUCCUUGUAAGCCUAUCGAUUACCAUUCCAUACAUGACCAACCCUUAGAAGUGUUUCCUCCUCAGUUUGGUGAAUUACCAGCAAGGGCCUCCAUUAUUUCUGGAGGAUGAGGAUGAUGAAUUAAAUCAAAUUUUGUCACAUGCUUCGUAAACAACAGGUGUAGACUAACAGUGAAAUGCUUACUUACGGGCCCUUCCCAACAAUGCAGAGAGAAAGAAAAUAGAGAAAUAAUAGAAAAGUAAAACGCGUAAUAAUAAAUACACAAUGAGUAGCGAUAUAUACACAGGGUACCAGUAACGAGUCAAUGUACAAGGUAAUUGAGGUAGAUAUGAACAUAUAACUUUGAAAAAGUGACAGAUAAUAAACAGUAGCAGCAGCGUAUGUGAUGAGUCAAAAAAGGUAGUGCAAAAAGGGUCAAUGCAGAUAGUCCAGGUAGCCAUGAACUGUUCAGCAGUCUUAUGGCUUGGUGGUAGAAGCUGUUCAGGGUCCUGUUGGUUCCAGGCUUGGUUCAUCGGUAUCGCUUGCGUGCGGUAGCAGAGAGAACAGUCUAUGACUUGGGUGGCUGGAGUCUUUGACAAUUUUUAGGGCCUUCCUCUGACACCUCCUGGUAUAGAGGUCCUGGAUGGCAGGGAGCUCGGCCCAAUGAUGUACUGGGCUGUACGCACUACCCUCUGUAGCGCCUUGCGGCCGGAUGCCAAGCAGUUGCUAUACCAAGCAGUGAUGCAGCCAGUCAAGAUGCUAUCAAUGGUGCAGCUGUAGAAGUUUUUGAGGAUCUGAGGGCCCAUACCAAGUCUUUUCAGCCUCCUGAGGGGGAAGAGGCUUUGUCGUGCGCUCUUCACGACUGUGUUGGUGUGUGUGGACCAUGAUAGAUCCUUAGUAAUGUGGACACCGAGGAACUUGAAGCUCUUGACCCGCUCCACUACAGCCCUGUCGAUGUGAAUGGGGGUGUGCUUGGACCUCAGUUUCCUGUAGUCCACAAUCAGCACCUUUGUCUUGCUGACUUUGAGGGAGAGUUUAUUGUCCUGGCACCACAAUGCCAGGAGGUCUCCUGACUUCUCUAUAGCCUGUCUCGUCCUCAGUAAUCAGGCCUACCACCAUCGUGUCAUCGGCAAACUUAAUGAUGGUGUUGGUGUCGUGGGCAGCCACGCAGUCGUGGGUGAACAGGGAGUCCAGGAUCCAGUUGCAGAGGGAGGUGUUCAGUCCCAGGGUCCUUAGAUUAGUGAUGGUGUUGAACACUGAGCUGUAGUCAAUGAACAGCAUUCUCACAUAGGUGUUCCUCUUGUCUAGGUGGGAAAGGGCAGUGUGGAGUGCAAUAGAGAUUGCAUCAUCUGUGGAUCUGUUGGGGCGGUAUGCGAAUUGGAGUGAGUCCAGGGUGUCUGGGAUGAUGGUGUUGAUGUGAGCCAUGACUAGCCUUUCAAUGCAUUUCAUGGCUACAGAUGUGAGUGCUAUGGGGUGAUAGUCAUUUAGACAGGUUACCUUGGUGUUCUUGGGCACAGGGACUAUGGUGGUCUGCUUGAAAUGUUGUUAUUACAGACUGGGUCAGGGAGAGGUUGAAAAUGUCAGUGAAGACACUCGCCUGCUGGUCAGCGCAUGCUCUGAGUACGUGUUCUGGUCAUCCAUCUGGCUGGUUUGGUAGGAAUCGAUCUUAGUCCUGUAUUGACGCUUUUCCUGUUUGAUGGUUUAUCAGAGAGCGUAGCGGGAUUUCUUAUAAACGUCCGGAUUAGUGUCCCGCUCCUUGAAAGUGGCAGCUCUAGCCUUUAGCUCAGUGUGGAUGUUGCCUGUAAUCCAUGUCUUCUGGUUGGGAUAUGUGCGUACGGUCCCAGUGGGCACGACAUCGUUGAUGCACUUAUUAAUGAAGCCGGUGACUGAUGUGGUUAAUGUCCUUAAUGCCAUCGGAUGAGUCCCGUAACAUAUUCCAGUCUGUGCAAGCGAAACAGUCCUGUAGCUUAGCAUCCGCUUCAUCAGAACACUUCCGUAUUGAGCGCGUCACUGGUACUUCCUGUUUUUUUGUUUUUGCUUGUAAGCAGGAAUCAGGAGGAUAGAGUUAUGGUCAGAUUUGCCAAAUGGAGGGAGAGAUGAUGGAGAAGAAGAGCAUCUGCUAAAUUACCUUAAUGUAUAUGUAAUGAUGAUGAUGAUGAUGUUCCAUAAACUCUCAACAGGAUUUUUGAUUAAAAACAAGAUAUGUGUUUCUCUUUUUCAGCCUGCAGUUUGACCCGGCGCCUCGUAGAGGGGAACCCCAUGUCACCCGUCGCACCCCAGACUACUUCCUGUAA